UAUGUACUUUCUAACUAAUCUUUGUGUCAGUUUCUUUAGUUUGUUCAGAAAUGGGAAGUACGUUGAAAGAGCCUCUAAUUAGUGUUACAAACCCAAAGGGUGGCUUCAGAACCUUACCUUUCAUCAUAACGAGCCAGUCAUUUGAGAAAAUGGCAAGUUUUGGAAUAUUGCCAAACAUGAUUCUGUAUUUAACAAGACAUUAUGGGAUGGAAACUCCUGUAGCUACCAAUGUGAUCCUCCUCUGGUCAGCAGCUACUAAUUUCACACCAAUUCUUGGUGCUUUUCUUGCUGAUUCUUACUUUGGCCGCUACCCUACCAUCGUCUUUGGCUUGCUUCUCAAUUUACUUGGAAUGCUACUUUUUUGGCUAACAACUAUGAUUCCAAACCUAAGUCCUUGUGAUCCUAUCACUAUGAGCUGCAACUCUCCCACAACAUCACAGCUUGCUUUCUUAUACUCUUCUCUAUGCUUAAUCUCCAUUGGAGCUGGUGGUGUAAGAGCUUCCUCUUUAGCCUUUGGCAUUGAUCAACUAAACAAGGAAAAAGAUGCAGGAAUCAUAGAGGGCUACUUUAAUUGGACCUAUGCUUUAACAGCAGCUGCAGUCCUAACUGGAAUGACCGUUUUGGCAUAUAUUCAAGAAAUUUUUGGUUGGAUGGUUGGAUUUGGUGUACCUGUUGUGUUCAUGUUCAUAUCUAUGGUGUCUUUCUUUUUAGGUUCUUCACUCUAUGUUAAGGUGGAACCAAAAGGCAAUGUGAUUAGUGAGUUUGCUCGAGUUGUCAUCGCGUCUUACAGAAACAGAAACCUCAAAUCACCAUCACCAGAUGUCUUCAAUGAUGGCAUGUACUUUUCUGACAAGGAUUCUGCAAAGCUUAUGCCAACUGAUAAAUUCAGGUUUCUAAACAAAGCAUGCCUUAUAAAAAAUCCACAAGAUUACAACCAAGAUGGAGAACUUCAAAACCAAUGGAGCCAUUGCACAAUAGAUCAAGUAGAAGCAUUCAAAGCAAUGAUCAAAAUCAUCCCAAUUUGGAUAACAGGAAUGAUAAUGUAUAUUAAUAUGAGUCAAGGAACAUUUUAUGUACUAGAAGCAUCCUCCAUGAACCGCCACAUUACUUCGAACUUCGAAAUCCCCGCAGCUUCAGUGGCAACAUUCAUGGUUCUCUUUACUGUACUAUGGCUUGUCCUCUAUGAUUGUGUUUUAAUCCCUUCAGCAUCAAAAUUAAGACGUUCACCGACUCGAUUAAGAGUAAAACAAAAAAUGGGAAUUGGACUAUUAGCAAUAUGUUUCUCAACAGCUUCAUUAGCAAUUGUAGAAGGUAAAAGAAGAAAAUUAGCAAUUGAUGAAGGCUUUAUAGAGUUUCCACAAGGUGUUGUGAACAUGUCAGUUAUGUGGCUAUUGCCUAGACAAAUUCUUGAUGGUUUUGCUGAAGCUUUUAAUGGUGUUGGACAAAAUGAGUUUUAUAUAUGUGAAUUGCCUCAAUCUAUGUCUAGUGUAGCAUCAACACUUUCUGGAUUAGGUAUGUCAAUUGGAAAUGUUUUGGCAAGUUUGAUUUUGAGUGUUGUUGAUAAUGUUACUAAAGGUGAGGGAAAGGAAAGUUGGGUUUCUAGUAACAUAAAUAAGGGACAUUAUGAUUACUAUUAUUGGCUUCUUUUUGUAUUGAUGUUGGCCAAUUUUUUGGGUUUUCUUUGGUUUAGUAAGGCUUAUGGACCUUGUAAGGGAGAAGAAAAUGAAGGUCAAGUGGAAGGAAAUUAGGAAUAGGUGAUAUAAAUAUAUAAUAAAGUCUAUAUUUGUUGAUAUCAUA